GAUCGUGCACCCCGAUGAGCAGCGACUUGCGAGGCAGUUCGUGUGCAGCGUCUGCCUUUGCAUCCUGAGCGAUCCCAUGCAGACGAUUUGUGACCACGUCUUCUGCGGCGAGUGCAUUUCGCCCUGUCUGGCUUGUCCGACAUGCCGGACGCCAAUCUCGCCGGAAGACCGAAAACCAUUGCGGGAGU